AUGUCGACAUGGUUACACCCGUGCUCAAAAGGUGUGAUUGUUGAUGAGACCAAAAGACGAGCUCCCGAUGCGUGCUGUCUCGAGUGCGCCAAUCCAGGUUUGGCUGACUCAGCCAAAGCAACAGACCCCUUCCAGGCGUCCUUCCUCACGCCUGGAGAAGACCUUAACUACAGAAUUGGGCAUAGGUUAGGGACGGACUGCCUGCUUUGUGUUGUCAGGUCGAGCCCCCGCUCUCACAGCCCGGCUCUAGAGACCAGUGCACAGACAUUAUGGAAGCAAAUACUGGACAAGUCGGCUCGCAGACAUGUUUUUGUGCGUGUGUUUGAGUCUGCAUGUGUCUGUAUAUAUGCAUGUUUGUGUCUACGUGCCUAUGCGUAA